AUGGCUACAGGUCUAGAAGGCGUGCAAGAUGCCCUGCUGGCCAUCGCCCAAGGCCAAACAAAGCUCAUCUCGGCGGUGGAAUCCAUAUCCCAACGUGUGAGCAGCUUGGAGAACGACAAGACUCGCGAUACCUCCUCGAAAACCAACGGCGAAGCUCCAAGCCCAAUCACCACUCCGCUCGUUUCCGGCUAUGUCCAGACACCGCCGCUGUUGCAGGCUGAUGCUGGCACCAUGUCACCAUCAUCUCCGCCCGUCGACAUCACAAAGUCCAACUUCUCGAACCGUGUUGUGCUCACCACCUAUCCCAAGCAAAUCGGUAUCAACCCGUUACCGAUGGAAUGGGGCGCGGCCGAUCCCGUCAAGCGUGGCCCGGUAGCUGUCAUCCGAUCUGGCUCGACCAUCCGCAGACGUAACGCCAUCGGAGCUCACGGUGGCUCGUACUCGGUUUACUAUGCACUGGCUCUGGCGGCCAAGGAGCUGGAUCCAGAUCACAAGCCUGAUUUCACCAACACCGAGCCCGCCGUCAACAUUGGCCCUUUCCCCCAAUGGGGAGACCCCAAGAAGAUUGUAGCCAUGGACCCUUGGGGCCAUCAGGUCCCUUGGAUCUUUAAGGAUCUUAUGGACAAGGAGGUGGUACUUGAUCUCCGGCCGACGAUUGCUAUCACGAAAGCCCAUAUGAAGCUACCCGAGCUUGAAGAGAGUGUCAAGGCCGGUAGAUUGGUUCCGGAUGGCAAGAUUUGCUUGAACAGCAGUGGUGAACUUGCAGUAACCAAGUUCGCCGUCGAGCCUGUUUGGUACCUCCCCGGAGUUGCCGAACGGUUCGGUAUUGAUGAGGGUACCUUGCGCAGAUCCCUCUUCGAGCAUACUGGCGGCAUGUAUCCGGAGUUGAUUACCCGCUCUGAUAUCAAGGUCUUCCUGCCCCCUAUUGGCGGUUUGACCGUGUACUGCUUCGGCGAUCCUGCGAACAUGUCAGACCCUUCGAAGAAACUUGCCUUGAGGAUACACGACGAGUGUAACGGCAGCGAUGUUUUCUGUUCCGAUAUUUGCACUUGCAGACCUUACCUGAUCUUCGGUAUCGAGGAGGCCGUAAAAGAGGCUCAGAAGGGCGGUAGCGGCGUGGUAAUCUAUUUCCGCAAAGAAGGUCGUGCCUUGGGCGAGGUCACAAAGUACCGUAUGUCGAAUCUUCAGACAAUGCUUACAUUCUCCUGUGUGGAGGAAUUCUUGAUUGUGUACAACGCGAGAAAGCGCGGGGCAGAUCUUGCAUCGGACUAUUUCAAGCGCACCGAAAACAUUGCCGGUGUAAAGGACAUGCGCUUCCAAGCCCUGAUGCCCGAUAUCCUUCAUUGGUUGGGUAUCACCAAGAUUGACCGAAUGCUUAGCAUGAGCAACAUGAAACACGACGCCAUCGUCGGCCAAGGCAUCCCUAUUAUCGAGCGUGUUGAGCUUCCCGAAAGCUGGAUUCCAGCCGAUUCGCGAGUAGAGAUCGAUGCCAAGAUCAACGCCGGUAUGUUUUUGUCCUACCUACUACCUCCUCCCGUGUUUCCUGGGAAUGAAGGCAAGAUGACUGACGAGGAUCCGUGUCUGUAG